CCCCUUUAUAAUAAACUAGAAUAAUAUCAAUAUUAAUUUUUUAAAAAAAAGCAAAAUUAGGUGAAGAAGACGAAGAAGGGAGACAUUCUCUCUCCCAAAUUCUUUCUAGAUUAUCCCAAAUUCGUCGCCGCCGCGCGGAAUCGAGGGAUGACCAGCAAGUUCAUGAUAACCUACAAAAGGAAGCGUGUUACAUCUCAUGUAUAUUCAGCUGAUGGCACAACUCUCAAGUCUUCUGGCGCUUCCAGUAGUGUACCUGUCAGCAAUUUAACCCCAAAAUAUGGGGUUGGUGCUGAUAAUGACAUUUUACAUGGAGAUAAUUUUUCAACUUCUACAAAGCAAGAGGAUGUAUCUGAUUCAGUGCAACAGGUCAUCAAAGAAGAAUCACCUAAACAAAGUGCACAUGCUUCAGGCCAAGAGCGAGCAGAACUUACUUCAUGUGAAUCAUUAUCUCAAAAAGAACAGCCUGAUAUAUGUUCCACCCAUACUUCAAUUGGGGAAGAAGGUGAUAAUAAAUUAGAACGCACAGAUGGCACAAAUAAUCAGAGUCUUGUUUCCAGUUGUGUGCAUGCUGGCAGGACAAUUAAUCAGGCAGAAGAUUCUAAUGCCUCUGCUUCUGUGGGAGUAAAUUGUCAACUGCAACCAAGUAAUACUACCGAACCUAGUAAAUCGAAGAGUAGAUUUAGUCCUCUGCUUACAUUUCGUAGGCGAGUUAAAAACAAAAUUGGUUUGGAGGAGCCUGCAGCAGGAAGUUAUUCAAUAAAUAAUGACAAACAUUGCUCAACACUAACAUGCACCCCCCGGAGUACACCACUGAAUGGUGCACCUAUGUUCAAACAAACUGGUGGCAGCACUUUGGAUGUUGAAGAUAAGGUGACUAUAGCGGGAACAAGCACGGGGCAAUCUGUAAUUGCUGAACACUUGCUUGAACAAAAAAGUCCACAUAUACCAAAAUCAGCAAUACAUCAUAUGGUUCCCUCGCAGCCUGCUAAAGAUGCAAACCAAAGUUCAACCCCAGAAGAUGGUACACCCGUAUCUGAGUUUAUCAGAGUGCAAGAAGUCAGUGAGCUAGAUGCAAGAGUGGAGGACUCAAACAGAACAACAGCAGAUGCUAUUGAAGUACAAAAAGUUAUCGAAGUGAAGGGGGAUGAACAUGGUAAUAGGGAGACUAGUUCUCUACAGUCACCAAGGAAAAAGAUAAAUGUUGAUUUGUCGAAACCUGCCAAUAGAUCUGAGGCAGCUGAUCUUUUAGAGUCUCAGGGUUUGACAAAAAAUAUUCCAAUUAUUGUCUUGGAUGAUGAUAGUGAUGAGAGGGGCAAAGAGCAGGAAAAAUCAGAGGUCCUUGAUCAGUUGGUCCAGGAGAAAAAUAAAAGUAGUCUUUCUUUGGAGCAGAUCAAUUUAAAUCUACAUUGUGCUGAAUUACCACAAGAGAGUCUUGUCAAUUUGGACGGGACAUCAGUUUACAAACUGCAAGAUCAGGACCAAUAUGUUCAUGAACAAAAGCAAAUGCCCCACCCAGUUGAAAGGUUAUUUUUUACAAAGGAGAAGGAUGCUAUGCAUGGUAAACAACAUCAUCACGAAGGAACCUCAACCAUGCAUAAGUCUUACUCAAAUUUUUUCGAUCCAGCCCCAUCAUCAUCAUGGAAUGCUGGUAAUUUCAAGGAACCAAGUAGCAUGCCAUCAGAACUGAAGUUCAGAAUAUUGGACAAGGUUCCUGAAUUCAAUUUAGAUCUCAGAUUGGAUAAUUUCCCAGACAACAAUGUAUCUGCCCUCAGGCACAAUAAGUUGUUUCGUGGAGGCACCUCCAGUGGAUCCCAUUUUCUGAAAGAAAGGCUUGGAAAAUACUCCUACAAAAGGCACUUGGUUCCGUGGUCAGAAGAAGAAUUGGAUUUUCUUUGGAUUGGAGUUAGGAGGUACGGAACAAAUAACUGGAACGCAAUGUUGAGGGAUAGACGGCUACGGUUUUCUAAUUCAAGAAAUGCUGAGGAUCUUGCAAAGCAAUGGGACAAGGAGCAAAGACACCUUCUGGGUGCGGAUUUCCUUCAAUCGAUUAGAUCAUCUGCUCAAUGCCCUCCGCCUCCUUCACACAUACAGGAAGAUUAUGUUGGAAACAGUUCUUGGUCUGGAUGCUCGAAGUCACCAUUUCUUUCUGCUCCAACUGACCUUUCAUUAGGUGACAUGUUUCUUCGGAGUGCCCGAACCUCAGAGAGAGGGCAACAUCACUUAUCAAACCUGGGCAUGUUAAACCUUCAUCCAACCGACAAUGGACCAAGGAAUUUGUCUCUAGGAGGCUUCCCUGUAUCUUCCUCCCCAUAUGGGAGAAGUUCUAGCAAGCGCAGGAGGGUGUCCAAGCUUCCCAAGUCAUACUAUGACAACAAGGCAGUUUGGUGCCAAGAUCCAUCUGAGAGGGUGGCUCAGUUCCUUCCCAUAAACCAGGAGCCAAUCAACAAUCUUCCUGAGUGGCUUACGAAGGACUCUGAGAUGCCAGGCGUAAGCCGGGUUGACGCAGAGCUGUGGCCGAGCAUUAAGGCACCAGGUCAUUCUGCAGUAGACCGACUGAAUGAUAUGAAGCCACAUGUUCUUCCUGAUGGAUCACUGAAGCGUGCUCCCAAGAGGAAGGGAGAGUGGCGCACCAUCAGCAAGAAACUGUUCCAGACCGGCGAUGGCGCCUUGGAUCUAAACCAGAGAGCUGCUGCCAUGGCGGGACCUCUCGGUGCCGCUGGAACGAGUGAUACCGGUGCAUCAUCUGAAGAGACGGUUUCAGACAGUUGAGUGUCUGAGCUUGCCCAGAAGUCCUUGCUGAAGCUGGUGGACACUAGCAGUCUGAUAAAGGUAAAAUGGACGACUUAAAAUCUGAGCCAACUGAUGGAUUCAGUUUUUGUAAACAUGCAUCGAUCUGAAUCCCGAUUGCAUCCUGUGUAAUAUACAUAUCCCUAGUCCUCUCGGCUUGUAUAACCCAAAAAUGGUCGAAUCAUAUGCUCCCGUGCUAAAAAGAUUGCUCGUUUUUGUUAUUGCCAUCAAUCGAUUGUUGAUCAUCGAGAUAAUGUUUGAUACUUCGUCCAUUUUAUAUUAUAAGAUUUUUUAAUUUAUGUAUA